CUCACCCUGGGACGGCACAGUGCUCCAGCACUACUACACUCUACGCUAUAAAGAUCCUACUCAACUCUACUCUACUCUAUUCUACUUUACUCUACUCUACAAAGAUUCUACUCCGAUCCUAUCCUAAUCUACUCCACUCUAUUCUACUUUACUCUACUCUACAAAGAUCCUACUCUACUCUACUCCGAUCCUAUCCUAAUCUACUCUACUCAGAUCCUAUUCUAUCUACUCUAUUCAGAUCCUUUCUAAUCUACUCUACUCAGAUCCUAUCCUAUCUACUCUAUUCUACUUUACUCUACUCUACAAAGAUCCUACUCUACUCUACUCUACAAAGAUCCUACUCUACUCUACUCCGAUCCUAUCCUAAUCUACUCUACUCUAUUUUACUCAGAUCCUAUCCUAUCUACUCUACUCAGAUCCUAUUCUAUCUACUCUAUUCAGAUCCUUUCUAAUCUACUCUAAUCUACUCUACUCAGAUCCUAUCCUAUCUACUCGACUCAGAUCCUAUCCUAUCCUAUCUACUCUACUCAGAUCCUAUCCUAUCUACUCAACUCAGAUCCUAUCCUAUCUACUCUAAUCUACUCAGAUCCUACUAUACUCUGCACAGAUCUUACUCUACACUACUUUACCCAGCUCCUUUUGAUGACAUCUGAUGCUGUCUGUAAGAGGUACGACUCAGCAUCACUGACCUCCACCAACCUCUGUCCUCCAAGCCAGCACAUCUCCACUCAUCCGACCAGGUCACCACUCCUCUACGUCCCGGUCCCAUCCUCCAUCCUCCACUCCAUCCAUCUCUGAGGGGAAGACAUUGCUAGGAAGCAGCUCCAAGGACCCUCUUCCUCAGUGUUGACAGCCAUCACCAUCUGCAGCAAGAACAGGUGUGCCAGUGACCAGUGAACAGACAUGGGUGACUGGAGUCUUCUGGGGAACUUCCUGGAGGAAGUUCAGGAACAUUCCACGUCGGUGGGGAAGGUGUGGCUCACCGUCCUCUUCAUCUUCAGGAUCCUGGUGCUGGGCACAGCCGCUGAGUCCUCAUGGGGAGACGAACAGAGUGACUUCCUGUGCGACACCCAGCAGCCUGGUUGUACCAACGUCUGUUAUGACCGGGCGUUUCCUAUCGCACACAUCCGCUACUGGGUCCUACAGAUCGUCUUUGUGUCCACACCAUCACUGAUCUACAUGGGCCACGCCAUGCACAUAGUGCGGAGGGAUGAGAAACGAAAAAGGAGGGAGCAGGAGAAGACAGAGGGGAUGGAGGAGGAGGAGGAGAGGGGAGAGGGGGGGAGCGUAUCGGGGGAGAAGGUGUAUCUCCAGCAGAGGGAUUGUGGGAAGGUGCUGGACGCAUCUGGGCGAGUUCGCCUGCGGGGGGCGCUGUUAUCCACGUACAUUCUGAGCAUCCUGAUCCGCACUGUGAUGGAGGUGAUCUUCAUCGUGGUCCAGUACAUGAUCUAUGGAGUCUUCCUCAGGGCUCUGUACCACUGCAAGGCCUGGCCCUGCCCCAACCCAGUCAACUGCUACAUGUCCCGUCCCACAGAAAAGAACGUAUUCAUCGUCUUCAUGCUGGUGGUGGCAGGUGUCUCCCUCCUCCUCUCUGUGGUCGAGCUCUACCACCUGGCCUACAGGCGGUACAGGAAGUGCAGACGCACUCGUGCCUCCCUCAAAAACACCACUCAUAAUGCUGUGGCAAUCCCCUUCACCAGGGACCCCGACAACCCGACCAGUCACAACUCCCCAGGCUGCACCCCUCCCCCUGACUUCCGCCAGUGCUUGGUGUUGUCGGGGACAAUGACCCCCUUGACCCCUGUGAACCCCAUGAACUCCAUGCCUUCUCACCCCUUCAACAACAGAAUGGCGCACCAGCAGAACUCCGUCAACAUGGCCACCGAGCGCCACCAUUCCCAUGACGACCUGGAGGGAGAGGGAGGUUUCCUGAGGAUGAACUACACCCAGGUGCCAGGGGAGAUGCCCAGCGGGUGCUCUGCGCCACCCUUACUGCAUACCGCGUACCUGAAGGACAAACAGAGUCUCAGUAAGAUCAGCAGCACCAGCAGCCGGGUUCGACCAGACGACCUGGCCGUGUAGAACCAGACAGACGGAGAGAGAGAGACAGAGAGGGGUUUAGAAGGUGCGGAGGGAGAGGACUUUCAGACACACAGAGAGAAAGGCCCUGCUUAGAGGAGAGUGGAGCAGGCUGGGUCUAUAUACCCAGCCAGAGACAGAGAAGGGGAGCAGGCAAGGCAGACACUGGGGCUAAAGAUGGAUGUGUUAGCAAACUCCAAGUGAAGGGCUCCAUUCAGCCCAAAUCUGGGGGAACUGUGGAAGAUAUCCUGGCCUAGGACUCCAUGAGCACUAUAGGAAGAAAGACAUUGGGGUCUGUAAGCUCCCUGGGAGUGGGUUGAAUGGAUCUUGAGAACUUCUGCAUAUUGGACUGAGCUUUGAGACUGUGACCGUUGGUGCUGGGAGAACUGGUUGUUUUUGUUAGAGCAACAAGUGGCUGGCCAAGCUUGAAACAUGGACUUUCAUAACGUUGAUCAAAUAUUGACAUGGAAGCAAAAUAUAAAUAUACCUUUUAAAUCACUGUGUGGAAAAAGCCUUCAAAUAAAUAACAGAUAAUUGCAUUGUAUGUUUUGAUGUUUUAAAGUACCUUUAAAGUCUGAGAAUAUUGUACUUUAAACUUGCACAUUCACUAUGCUAAAAACUGUCCCACUGUCUGUCCAGCUGCCCAUUAUAAUAACACAAACAUUUACAAGCUUGCAAAUGUAAACACGCAUGCACAUGCACACACACAUGCACACACUGCUGUCAUAGGAGGACAAAACCCUAUCCUCAGGGGUCUGACCAAACAGUGUUGCCCCGAUCCCUGGCAUCCAGUGACGGAGGCUAUUUGCAGCUGUCAUGUUGUUUGGAAAGUGAAAUUGUGACACACAUCCCUGCAAUGGAAUCCAUUGUGCAUUAUAUCACCUUCAAAUAUAGCAGGAGCAACUGUUUUCUCUGUGUUUAAUCCUGAUGGCAUACAAACAGAAACAUCUUCCAGUCAGAAGUCAGAACAGCUGUGCCAAAAUAACUGAUUUCUCUGUGUUUAAUCCUGAUGGCAUACAAACAGAAACAUCUUCCAGUCAGAAGUCAGAACAGCUGUGCCAAAAUAACUCAUUUCUCUGUGUUUAAUCCUGAUGGCAUACAAACAGAAACAUCUUCCAGUCAGAAGUCAGAACAGCUGUGCCAAAAUAACUCAUUUCUCUGUGUUUAAUCCUGAUGGCAUACAAACAGAAACAUCUUCCAGUCAGAAGUCAGAACAGCUGUGCCAAAAUAACUGAUUUCUCUCCAUUCAACAGACGCUUAGACCAAUAAUUACAGAGGGUUGUAUGCACUCAGGUACAAAUAGUGAAGAGCUAUGCAAAAGUGCCUACAAAAUGUGAAUCUGUAAAAUGUUCAAAGUCAAAGUCUUUUAGGUCCAUAUUAGAUGUGUGAACAUGUCCUGAUAUCAUUUAAAAGUGUGUUCAAGAGCCAUAUACAGUAUGUAUACAAAUAAUUUACCUUCAAUCGAGGCACACGUUUGAAAAGUUGAUCAUCCUUCAGUAUAUUUCAGCGUUUCUUUUUUUUGUUAACCACUAGGUGGAGAAAUUUCCCCUUGAACCUUUAAGAUACAGUGUAGUUCAUUCAUUGUGACUGUGCAACUGUUGAUUGUCACAUUAGUAGCUAUCCACCUCUCUUCCAUAUCUUUUCAUCUUUGCUUAAAUUUGAUUUAUUUUUGUUUAACUGUGUGAGGCUGGUCAGAAAAUGACAUGUCUAGGCCUAUAGGCUAAUAGAGAAGGCAUAACCACAAUCUGUGAAGUUCUCAACUGAUUUUGCACUAGACUAGGCCUUGUGGGGUUUGGAAUAUAAAGACCCCUUUGUAAUUACAUGAAUCAUAUUUUCUUUUUCUAUAGAGAGCAACAACCAGUAAUUUACAGUAAUAGUAUUUUGGAAUGCCAACAAACGGGUGACUGGUUGACGUUUCUCUGUGCACAUUUCAAUGUCAUUGUGUUUUUGUAAAGUCUGCAAUAAAACAAAUAUGUCAAAUAAA